GGACAUUGGAGAUCUUUAAAUGAGGUCAAGAGUAGAACUUGUCUCUUUUUAUAGGUGAAACAGUGAGCAGACAUUAACUGACCCCUCUACUGAUCCCUUAAAUGCGUUAUUGCGAAUAAAUAACCUUUUAUAGACAGAAUUUAGCAGAGGUGAUCUGCGCUGGAGGUGGUCAUACUGUCUGCUCUGAUUUAACCUGACAGUAGAGGGGUUCGCGAUUUCAUUUGCUGAAUUUUUUAAAAUUCUUAAGUCAGUUUAACGCUGACAGUUUUACUUGCUCGCGUUGCAAUUUUUUAUUUUAAUUAAAUUUUUUAUUUUAAUUAUUUUUUAAAAUGUACGGAGUUAAUUACCAAGAACUGACUAACAGGAUGCUCUCUUCAAUGGAUGAGUUCCAAGAAGCAUUCCAGUUGUUUGACAGCCGUGGAGACGGCAAGAUCCACGUGUCCCAAAUCGGCGAUGCCCUAAGGGCUCUAGGGCAAAACCCCACCGAGUCAGACGUCAAAAAAUUCACCCACCAGCACAAACCAGAUGAGCGCAUCAGUUUUGAAGUUUUCUUGCCAAUUUAUCAAGCUAUUAGCAAGUCUCGCACGUCUGACACUGCUGAUGAUUUCAUCGAGGGAUUACGUCACUUUGAUAAAGAUGGAAAUGGUAUCAUUUCCUCAGCUGAGUUGAGACACCUGCUAACUACUCUUGGUGAGAAACUGAGCGAUGAAGAAGUCGAAACUCUUUUAGCUGGGCAUGAAGAUUCUCAAGGAAAUAUUAAUUACGAAGAAUUUGUCCGUCAUGUUAUGUGCGGUUAAUUUAUAAUAAUGAAAAACUAAUAUUCCUAAUGCAUUUAAUUAAAUUUCUAUUCAAUUUUCCAUUUA